GGCGCCCCUUCAUAAUAAUUCAUUCAUACAUACUAUAUUUCUUUAAAAUCCCCAAAUAGUGAUUUUAAAAAUUCAGGAAAGAAAUUGUACUUGCAGAAUUUGAAAACAAUGUCAUUGCGCAGGCGAACAUUGCUCAAGGUCAUCGUCCUCGGCGACAGUGGUGUCGGUAAAACAUCAUUGAUGAAUCGAUAUGUACAUAAGAAAUUCAGUCAUCAGUAUAAGGCUACAAUUGGUGCCGAUUUUGUCACCAAGGAGCUUCAAAUUGAUGACCGACUCGUCACCCUUCAAAUAUGGGACACUGCUGGGCAAGAGAGAUUUCGGAGCCUUGGGGUUGCAUUCUAUAGAGGGGCAGAUUGUUGUGUAUUGGUGUACGAUGUUAACGUAUUGAGGUCCUUUGAUACCCUAGACAAUUGGCAUGAAUAUUUUCUCAAACAGGUUGGUGAAUUUAUUAGCUCUAUCCAUGUUUCGGAUCUAAGGCAUUUUUAUUUUUGCAGUUGUUCCAAAUGGCAUUUAUUUAUUGCAGUAGUACGUGUUUGAUAAUUUAAAGUGUAAGGGCAGUUCUUUGAUAUUGAUUUUUCAUACAGAUUGUGGAUAUUGUUUCACACACUGCAUAUUGUUUCUUUUGAUUUUCAAAGUAAGCUUAGUUUAUUGACGUUGUGAUUCUUAAAGCCAGCUUAUGAACACUGACCUUUUCAAUUUUUAACCUUACAGUUGAACCUAUCUACAGUACCCUUUUGAGAGAUUCACCAAACAUUAUCUUUUAUGCAGUUUGUAUUCUCUUUCUUUUAUUCUAUUCCACUUUCUUGAUGCUUUUGAGCAAGUUUUGAGGGUUCUGUUUUUAAGGCAUGUAUUGUGGGCAUCUCUCAUUUCAAUUGCAAUGUGUGUGUUAUGCUUAGGAGUGGCAAAAGGGCCAAGUAGUUUGUUGGCUCGUCGGCUCGGCUCGUCAGAGCUCGGCCCAUGGACGGUUCAAGCUCGUCCAGCUCGAUGAGCAAAGCCUUGCUCGGCUCUUUGAGUUCUCGAAUGGCUCGUGAGCUCGUAAAAGUUGUGAACAAAAAACUUGAAAAAAAAAAAAA